AUGAGGAAGAUUUCGGGGAUUGCGCUUUCGGCCAUGCUGGCCUUGCAGGCGGGAGCGGCUUUCGCGGCCGAUGACUGGACCGCCCAGCUGAUGGUCGACGAGAAGAAUCCGACGGCCAUCUACAAGCCGUUGCCGGCCGGUUCGCUGACCAAGCCGUGGCGCCUGUGCGUCGCCUUCCCGCACAUGAAGGACGCCUAUUACGUCGCCAAGGACUACGGCGUGCUGGUCGAGGCCAAGCGCCAGAACAUCUCGGCCACGGUGAUGGCGGCGAACGGCUACGACGACGUCGCCGGCCAGAUCCAGCAGAUCGAGGAUUGCGUGGCCGCCGGCGGC